CUCCCUGGUUUGUGGGCAGAGGAACCACAGGCUUUGUUGAGACCAUCCUAAUGCCAUGAGCAGUGCGGCACUUGCAGUAGGCCGCGUCAAUGACAGUACCACUGAUAAGUGGCUGCUCUGUGUGCAUCGCCACGGUUUAUGCCAGAAUAGCAGACCUGGGAGCCCGACCUGUCGAUACCUGUUUUAUCAAGGCUGCUCGGGCCAAGUAUCACGUCAUAUCAACUGUAGCUGCUAGAAGAUGGCAAGUUGGACGCCAGCUUGGCAAAGCAGAGAGGAGAAACGGGCUUAGUGUUGAUAUCCAUGUUGCGGGAUGUACUGCGAGGUAUCAAGAUAUUGGAACACUGCAGUAAGCUCCAGGUUCCGACCCUGCGUUGAUGGCCUGACUUGAGCAACUGUGAAGAGUAGUAGUAAUAGUAGUAGUAGUAGUAUUUCGUACGUGCUCAUAGCACAGCGAAGACCCAUUUAUAUCAAUGAAGCCAUAUAGAGCACCAAUAUAGCAUUAGCAUGAGUAUCAC